AUGUCGGGCCAUCUCCUUUCCAGGCACGACAGUCCUGCUCAGCGGCUUUCGGUGGAAGACUGCCAAGAGGCCUACGACUUGUAUGAGGUCGAGGCCCAAAGGAAAGAGCGGUCUCUGCUUGAACGAGUCUUACAGCGCAUAUAUUCCGUUCGAUAUCUCUUCUCGCCAGGUGGCGAUUAUCAUGGCAACUAUAGACCGUUAAUACCGACCUUGGUCCAGCCUCGCAGGUUUCGACGCAUUCUCUUUCGGUUGCCAUACUAUGGGCUCGUCGUCCUGUCGGCUAUUCUGAUCCUCACGGUCUUCACAGCCACCUUUUUCCCCUCAUACACAAGUCCUCCACCCCAUUACUCGUCGCUUAGUGGUCUAGCAUCAGCAUCAGACCAAGCCGGCCGAGGGAACCCUCGCAAUGAAAAGGUCUUUAUUGCCGCUAGUUUGUAUGACCUGAGUGGGGAAUUGGUCUGGGGCCACUGGGGAUCCAGCAUUCUCCAGCUCAUCGAUCUACUUGGGGAAGACAAUGCUUUUCUCAGCAUAUAUGAGAACGACAGCGGAGCCGAGGGCAAGCAAUCCCUAGCUGAUCUGAAGCCACGGGUGCCAUGCAACAACUCCAUCAUAUACGAGCAUCAUCUAGGCCUGGAAGAGCUCCCAAAAAUAAUCGUCCCAGGAGGCAAAGAGCGAGUUAAACGGAUUUCGUACCUAGCCGAGACACGCAACCGUGCUCUCCAGCCCCUGGACGAGCCUACGCAGGCACAUUUCGACAAGAUCCUAUUCCUGAAUGAUGUAGCAUUUAACCCCGUCGAGGCGCUGCAACUCCUAUUCUCAACGAACGUCAACGACGACGGCAUAGCGCAGUACCGAGCCGCUUGCGCCGUCGACUUCAUCAACCCUUUCAAAUUCUACGACACCUACGCCACGCGCGACCUGGAAGGCUACAGCAUGGGCCUGCCCUUUUACCCCUGGUUUUCGAACUCCGGCAGCGCCCAAAGCCGCAAAGACGUUCUCAGCGGGAAAGACGCUGUGCCGGUCCGCAGCUGCUGGGGAGGCAUGGUCGCAUUCGACGCUCAAUUCUUCCAACACGACAAAGGAAGGCUGGCUGCUGAAGCAGCAGGAGGUAAUCUCCCAGCUCGCUUCCGCGCCUCGCAGGAUGUGAAUAUGUUCUGGGAUGCUUCUGAGUGUUGUCUCAUCCAUGCAGAUAUCCAGGUCCCGAGGGAGCAUAUUGGGGAAUCCGGGGACAACGAGGUGACGGAAACAGGGAUAUACAUGAAUCCUUUCGUGCGUGUCGCAUAUGACGAGCGCUCUCUAUCCUGGCUUUGGACUACGCGGCGCUUUGAGAAACUCUACUCUAUUCUCCAUAAUAUCGGGAAUCACCUUGUUGGUUUGCCUUGGUUUAACCCCCGGCGGAAGGAAGUGCCUGGGCAACGUGUCCAAGACGCGGCCUUUAUCAACGAUGAAGGAGGAGCUGGCUCCUUCCGCUCUGCUGAGAGGACUACUAGUCAUGAUGGUUUCUGUGGGCGAUUAGGGUUGCAGGUUGUUGUUCCACAUCGCGAAGAAGGGAAGGGGUUUGAGAGUAUACCAAUGCCCCGUUCCUAG